CUGUUCUCCCUUCCGCCUACUUUCCAUUCAUUCUCAAAGCCUGGUCCCACCACAUGGACCAAUAGACUCGAAAAAAUCAGCAGUGACCGCAGUUUCAAAUGUCCCACCAUCGACUUUGCUCGUGUAAUCGUCAAUGAGCAACGUGCGGUCCACAAACACCCCAGCAAGCGGAGCGUUACUCGCCCUACUUACUUCUAUGAGUUCACCCACCGGACAAAAUCCCUGCCCUGGCCAACCUGGGCUGGCGUCAUGCACGGAUACGAGAUCGAGUACGUCUUCGGGAUUCCCUUCUCGCCCCUAUUCACUGAGGCCUUCUACGGCUUCACUGAUGAGGAACGCGAACUCAGUGAUGUCAUGAUGACCUAUUGGGCUAACUUUGCACGAACCGGCUCAAUCUUUCAUUAUUACUACACUUUCUAUGCUAUGUCAAACGUUUCUAUCACUUUGCAGAUCAAUUACAUUUGCUAA